CGCCGCUGCUGGGAAUAAACUGGAAGGAAACGUGGGAGGUGCUAUAGGCCGCACUUAUCCUUCAGCCUCUGCCUGAUUGGUUUGCCCUGGCCCAGUUGCAUUCUGGGGUGGUCAAGGGCCUGAAUUGAAUAUUAAUUCAUUUCCAGCAUAAGUGGCAAUUGGCAGAGGCUUCCCAGUUUGAUAUUUCAUAUUUGGUUGUGAAAAUGCUUGAUAUUUCAGCAUUUGGUUGCUGAUUUGAUCUGUGUGUGUGUGUGUGUGCUGCUGUUUGUGUGAAUUACUUACUUUUGCUGAAAAAGCUAACCCUUAAAAUGCUGCGUAUCAGGUCUACAUUGAAUAUCUCUUACUGCUGCCAAGACCCUGCUGCACCCAGUAUCUGUCUACGCUGGUCAGAGCUACAGCCAGAAUGUUGAGUCAUUCCCGGUAGCAACGUUUGGGGAAUUUCUGCUGUAUUUUUAGGCACUGAUGACCUCAUUUCAGUUAGCUUAUGCUGUUCUGCCACAGAUGGGGGACAGAUAGGGUUACCUUUUCUGAAGCUUGACUGGGUUAUGAUAAUACCAAAGAGUCACCUUGUGUGAACUCCACAGCACAUCCACAAUAAACCAAACAUAGUUUAUUAAGUUUUAGGGAAACAUCCUGUGAUGGCCAAAAUUUGGCGCUACUAUUUGCGUUCUAGAAACGCAGGAGUGUCUGUCUGCUUGUCGCUCUCUCUGCAAAGCCUGUCUGUGGUAUACUGGUGAGGUGACUUUAGAGCACUCUGGCCUCUGAAGAAAGAGAAGGUCCGUAAACACGUUUAAGUUCUACUGAGUUGUGCUUAUUCUGUAUGAGGAAGGGAAGUCUCAAAACGGUGUCCUGUCUGCUCAUCACCGGUCAAGUUGUCAGAUCAUCUCAUCACUUAGGCCCAGGUAGCGUUCCUGCACGGUGAGAGGAAAGGGCAGGAGAACCUGAAGAAGGACCUGGUGAGGAGGAUCAAGAUGCUGGAGUACGCCUUGAAGCAGGAGAGGGCGAAGUACCAUAAACUAAAAUACGGAACAGAACUGAACCUGGGUGACGUUAAGCCACCAAGUUACGACUCUGACGAAGCGAAUGAAAAGGAGUUUCCUGGUUCUCUGAACAAUCAGUUCUGCUGGAAACAGGGGCGCCAGCUCCUCAGACAGUACCUGCAGGAAGUUGGCUACACAGACACUAUUCUAGACGUCAAGUCCCAGCGAGUGAAGGCCCUGCUGGGAUUGGCGGGUGACCGGGCCGGUCAGGAGCCGCUGCUCAACGGCACAGACACGUCGCCCAGAGGGGCCAGCACAGCAGUUAAAGUGGAGCUGACCGACUCGAGUUCUGUGCUGGAGGCGCUCAAGUUUAUUGAGCGUGCGGCUGCCGAGUUCAGCGAUGGGGAGGACGAGGAGGAAGGCGAAGAGAAGCCCAUGAUUGACUCCAGAACGAUUAUGAGGAAGAAGCCCUUAUCCUCCUCCUCCUUGCCCGCGCACACCCCUGACCGACACGCGAGCGCGGACCCCGAUGCAGAUGAUGUCUUGAAAGGCUUUGACUUCCUGUCCAGCACCGAGGACAUGGACGUGUCUCCUGAGUGCAGGAGCGCAGGAGAUGGCAGAGAUUGGGAGAAGGAGACGCAGCAGCAGUCAGAGGCCUGGAACGUGGACCAGGGCCUCAUAGCCAAGCUCAAGGAGAAAUACAAACAGGAACGCAGAGGCAAAAAGGGAGCGAAGAGACCAAACCGCUCGAAGCUGCAGGACAUGUUGUCUAAUUUGAGAGACACGGAUGAAGCAGUUCUACUGCAGCCACCUGCCACUCCGCCAGUGCGGCCCAACACCAGCCGCUUCAGCGAGCACGACGGCAGCCGCACCGAUGAAGGUCCUCUCCGGCUCCACCCGCAAACCCACGCGCGUCCACCCACCACGAACCCUGCUAUAAGAUUGGAAGCUGUCACCUUCCCUCCUCCCUCGGACAAAGCCUUCAUCAUGGUUCCGGAAGACGUCAUGGAAACGGGCGAGCUGGGGCUCGGAGAGUUGGCGGGGCUCACCGUGGCUAACGAGGCGGACAGCCUCGCCUACGAGAUCGGAAACAACAAAGAUGCGCUGCGUAAGACGUGGAACCCCAAGUAUACGCUGCGCAGUCACUUCGACGCGGUCCGCAGCCUGGUGUUCCACCCCACAGAGCCUGUCCUCAUCACAGCUUCCGAGGACCACACGCUGAAGAUGUGGAACCUGCAAAAGACGACACCCACCAAAAAGAAUACCUCACUGGAUGUGGAACCUAUAUAUACCUUUAGAGCGCAUAGGGGCGCUGUACUGUGCGUUGUGAUGAAUAACACAGGAGAGCGGUGUUACAGUGGUGGUGUGGAUGGCACCAUCCAGUGCUGGAACACCCCGGGGUCCAGCAUCGACCCCUACGACUCCUACCAGUCGUCCGUCCUGCGGGGGGCGCUGUGCGGCCACGCAGACGCGGUGUGGGGCUUGGUGCACAGCAGCGCUCACCAGCGGCUCCUGUCGUGUUCGGCUGAUGGCACGGUGCGGCUGUGGAACGCCUCCAGCACACAGCCUGCCCUGGCGAUCUUCAACGAGAGCAAAGAGCUGGGUCUGCCUUCCUCAGUGGACCUUGUGUGCAGCGACCCUGCCUACAUGGUGACCUCGUUCAACACUGGGCAAAUAGGCCUUUUCAACAUGGAGACCCGGCAACUAGUACUGAGUCUGGAGUCCAUAGUUGAACCUGGCGCAUCCUGUCAGAUUAACAAAGUUCUGAGUCACCCCACUCUCCCCAUCACGAUCAGUGCACAGGAGGACCGACACAUCAAGUUCUACGACAACAACACAGGGAAAUUGAUCCACUCCAUGGUAGCCCAUUUGGAUGCUGUUACAAGCCUUGCAGUGGAUCCGAACGGACUCUAUUUGAUGUCUGGAAGCCAUGACUGCUCCAUCCGUCUGUGGAACCUGGAGAACAAGACGUGUGUCCAGGAGUUCACGGCCCACCGCAAGAAGUUUGAAGAGUCCAUCCACGAUGUAGCGUUUCACCCCUCCAAGUGCUACAUCGCCAGUGCCGGGGCAGACUCCCUUGCCAAGGUGUUCGUAUGAGCUGUGAGCAGCCUGUCCACUGCAGCCCUGACCACUGGCACAGACUGAUCUAUGGCAGAGAGCUGAUGUUCAGAUGGUGCAGAUGGCAAUGAAUGGGGCUCGCUGUCCCAGUCCCCACUUCUCCUCUCCUGUGUUUUGUUUGUUUGUUUGGGGUUUUGUUUAAUGGUUUUGGUUUUGGAACUAAGAUUAUAAGCCCCAAGCCCUCUGAGGGCGAUCAGACCGUCGACGGUCUGUAGGGUAGACUAUGCCGGGGGACCUAAACAGACGAGAGCUUCUCCGGGGUGACUGGCUUCCCUUCCUCCUCUACAAUCCAGGCAGGCCUGGGUGCCGUGGUAGCAACUGUACACAAACGCUUCCGUAACCAGGAACCACAGCCAAACGUGGGUGCAAACCAGGCUCGCCGAGCAGAAGAGGACUUCCGUGACCCAAGCGCCGCGCUUCUUCUCAGGCCAAGGUGGUUUUGACGGCGUAAGGCUGUAGGGUCAGCGUUGGCCCUGGCCCUCAUCUGCCCACCCUCCCUGCUCACGUCUGCACAGCUCAGACUGCUUCUCCUUCGUGUCUUCUCCCUAGGUCUUUGGUUCCUCGGCCUCCUCUCCUGCUUGGGGGUCGGGGCGUUUCUGGUAAGGCCGGCGGAGAGGACAGCCUGGUUCGGGCCGUGGUGGAGGACUUCCCCGACCAGUCACUGCUUCCACUGCAGUUGAUGGUUUUUGCAUACAUUUGUUUGUUUGUUUUUUUUUGUUGAGGGGUGGUUUUUUUUUUUUGUUUGUUUCUUUCCUCAUUUUAAAUGUUUAUUGACAAAUGUGCCUUUGCAUCAGAAAGGUCUUGAAAUGUUAUUUUACCAAGCCUUUUUUGUUUUGUUUUGUGGGGUCAGGAAAGGAACUACAGCCUGAGUAGGACAGUGUUGUCCAUUUUAACUAUAUAGUGCAUUGGAUGUAAAAUUACAAACAUAUUAAUAAACAGAUAUAUUAUAUUAUAU